AUCGAUUACGCAGCUGGCGGCCAUACUUGUUUUGAUAGGUCUGUUUUGAAAACAAAGAAGUAAAAGUGCAAACUUGAAGAUGGGCAAGAUAUUCCUCGAUCAUAUUGGAGGCACUCGCCUGUUCUCAUGUGCAGCGUGUGAUGUAAACCUUACUAAUCGUUCAGAGCUAAUCAGUACAAGAUUCACUGGAGCUACAGGCCGCGCAUUUCUAUUCCACAAAGUUGUCAACUUGGUAUACUCGGGAGUGCAGGACCGGGUGAUGCUGACUGGUCGGCACAUGGUGCGAGACGUCUCCUGCAAGAAUUGUUCCACCAAGCUCGGCUGGGUCUACGAGUUUGCUACUGAGGAGAACCAAAGAUACAAGGAAGGUCGCGUUAUCCUGGAGCGGGCGCUGGUCACGGAAAGCGACGGCAUAGAGGAAAUACAAGUGAACGACGAUUAGAUUUAUAUACUA